CCUGUUAACAUGGCUAGUUCAGAUUGGCAUUCAGGGAGUUCACAAGCACAAAGUUUUUCACAACCACAAAGAUUUGGACAUGACUUACAGGAAGAUUAUGAGAAUCAUAUGGGUUCAAAUGAACGCAUUUUGGAACAAUAUGACGAUGAAGAAGAUGCUUUUAGUGAGGAUUUGAGUACUCUUACCCCUGAGGAGCUAGGAAUAAUGCAAGAUGUACCACUAAUGAAUCAAGAGCAAGAAAGUGAACAAAUAGCACCUCCAAAAAGUAAGCGAACUAGAGGACCAACUAUGUGUAAAGAUGUCCAUGAAUGGACAUUAGAGGAGCGUAAGCCUAUUGUUCUUAAUGAAAUGGGAAAGCCUAUUGGUCCCGAUGAUAAGACUGUGAAUACAUUUACAAGAUUCUUAGGGACUUUAGCUCGUAAUUCUUCUCUAGCAUCGUUGAACAAGAUUAGUUGGCAUUAUGUUCCAGACAAGGAACAAAUUUGGAGUUACGUGAAGAAGAAAUACAUAAUCUCGGAAAAAGGUAAAGAUUGUGUUUUGACAUCCGUGGGAAGGCUGUGGCGUAGAUAUAAAUGUAGUGUAAAGGCAACACACUUUACUCCGUACGACAAUGAUGGUGAUAGGCUGGCAAAUCCACCUAAUACAAUUCCAGAAGCACAUUUCAAAGAGUUGCUAAAAUUUUGGAAUUUGGAACCAGUUCAGGUAGAGUUAUGUUGUUUGUUUCCAUUUAUAUUACAAUUGUUUAUUUCUUUCUCAAAUUGAAAUAUGUUAAACUAUGAACCGUGUGUUAUGCAUGCAUGCAAGAAGACAGCCAAAAGAAAAGGGAAAUAAGUAUAGAUCAAAAAGAUAGGCACACCAUGGGUCCUAUGACUUUAGCGAGGAAACAACAUAAAUUGCAACAACUAGAUGUUGAAAAAAAGCCACCAUCCUUGGCACUCAUGUACAAAGAAAAUCGUAAAAGGAAAGCAGACAAGAAAUACAAAACAUCUUAUGAGCCCACCCAAAGUAACAUUAUGGAGGAGGUACAAAUUCAAAGUGAAAUUGAUGGAGAUGUUGCAUACUAUGAAGUAAUGAAUAAACCAAAUAACUUUGGCCAU